UGUCGUUUACAUUAGGUGAUCAUAGCCGUGAACUGUAUUAUGACAACUGGAACAACCGAUCGACCGAGGAUUAUUCAGCAUGUGACGAUAUUAUAUCCAGGAACGUUGAACACAGUGCAACUGCUUUGUUUGUAAACAUUGUGUCAAUCUGUUCGAGUUUACAAAUUGUGAAAUCAAUCCUUCUACCUCAAGGAACUGUCAAUCAAACAAGGAAGCUUAUCCAAACACCAGGUUGAGGUAUGGCACUAACUAGGUGCCCAGCCAUUGGGCCAAUGAGUAGCUAUAAAACAACAUGUCGUGGAUGUGAGACAACAUAUAAUCCCCCUAUCAACUACCCGCGUCUUCUGCCAUGUCUCCACACAACAUGCAGCUCAUGUUUAGCAGAUAUGACCAAGUCUAACCACAAGCUGACGUGUCCCGUGUGCGGUGACACAACAGACAUCCAAGGGGUCCUAUCCUUUCCUGUCGACCCCGUCUCUCUCAAGACCAUCGGGGUUUUAGAACUCAAAGAUUACCAAGGAAAGAUAAACUGUAACGAAUGUCCAGAUCGGAGCAGUGCUACUUCCAGAUGUCUUGGCUGCCGCAUGUACAUGUGUGACACGUGUAAACUUUACCAUGAACGUUUUUCCAAAUACUUCUUAGAACAACACGUAGUUGUUGCUUUGAAGGAUCUCUUGAAAAUGCCAGAGUCCAUCUUCAAUGAGAGCAUGUCAUGCGAAGUCCACUUGAUAAAGCAAACCCUCUAUUGUGAGAGGUGCCAUGUAGCAAUUUGCUGGUCAUGUUCUAUGGAGACCCAUUCUGAAACAUAUGUCACUUCCAUCAUCCCUCACUUUGAUACAUCCGUAAGGGAUCUUAAUGAUGAAUGUAAGAAAAUCCGAAACACUCUCCAUGAAAUUAAUAGUUUUAGAGGGCAUUUAAGCAAACAGGUUAAUACUUUAUGCAUUGAAAGUAACAUCACAUUAGAUGAAAUUGAGGACAAUGUGAACAUGGUACAUCUAGCUCUGGAACGGCGGAAGAGACUCCUGCUGCGGCACCUGCAAUGUGACUUCAAUGAGGAGCUUCAGAUGGUUGCAGCGAUGAAAGCUGUACUCAUGUCAAGGAUUCAAACAUCACAGUCCGCUUUAACAAAGAGUGCGUCAGUGUUGGAUGUGUGUUCACCUGCAGAAGUACUAACAACAAGUGGUAUCCUCAUACCCAAGAUCACCAACCUGGCUUCACAGUCGGAACUGAAGUGUACAGUCAGAAGACUCGAGAUGAGACGAUCAGGUUUAAAUGAUAUAGAGACCCUGAUACAGGGCAUGUGCACUGUGGAAGAGAGACCAAAGGUGAUAUGAAGAAGUCUGGAAAGUUUUGAAUCAACUGCAGACCAUUCUGUACAUAUAUAAUGCCAAGAGAGAUUGAGAAACAAAAUCAGCACCGCGAUCAUCUUGGCUGAUUUUGUCAGAAAGUUGUCGACGAAACAAUCCCGUGUGUAUAUUUUGCCGAGAUAAACUUAUUAAAAAUGUAUUAGAGU